UAUAUCGGCAGAUUAGAGUUUAAUAUAUAUGAUUAGAUGAAAAUGUCGUACGUUACACUGAUAAAGAAGUGGAGUAUGGACUUUGUAUUCAACUUUCAUAAGUAUUAAAGUGCACAGGUAUUUUAUUAAAAUCUAACUCAGGAUAUUUUUCUCGAGCUCAGAAUGCAGUACCUGCGAGAUGCCUCGGGGUUGUCAAAUCCCCUCGGCAUUGCUGUCGGCACCGCCGCAGCGUUGUCGGCUGCGUAUUAUUUGACAUCAAAACCGGAACCAUUUAAGACCGGGCAUGAUAUGGAUAAUCAGUCCAUCAAACUACCAGAUGGUUCAAGAACAUGUGUGUGGAUACCUGAUGGAAAAUCAUUCGUAGAAUAUGUUCAUGAAGACGCCCGUACAACACAUGAAUGUUUCAAGAGGGGUCUCAGAGUAUCAAGAGAUAAACCGUGUCUUGGUACAAGAAAUGGACCAAACAGGGAAUACACUUGGCUCACAUACAAUGAGGUAUAUGAGAUGGCAAAAGCUUUUGGCUCUGGGCUGUUAGAUGAAGGACUGAAACCAGAACCAGAAACAAUUGUUGGCAUUUACAGUAUCAACAGAGUAGAGUGGACAGUUACAGAACAGGCUUGCAGCAUGUUUUCAAUUGUCACGUGCGCGCUUUAUGAUACGCUCGGGCCAGACACGUGUGCAUAUAUUAUCAAUCAGACCAAAAUGUCGUUGGUGGUAUGUGACACAUCUGCUAAAGUUCAGCUACUUCUAGACGAGGCAGAUAAAUUGGACUCUCUAAAAACAAUAGUUGUGAUGGACAAAAUGAGUGAGAAAAACAUCGCUGACGCCAAGACGCAUGGCAUCAAGCUCAUAUCUUUUCAAACAGUUAUGGAAAAUGGUAAAGAAAAUCCAAAGGAAUUAGUCCCACCCAAGCCAAGCGAUCUGUGUCUUAUAUGCUAUACCAGCGGAACAACAGGUGACCCGAAAGGAGCAAUGCUGACGCAUAGAAGUGUUAUUUCCAAUCUUUCAGCAAUCUGCUUUUUCACUGAAAAAGGAGGAGUUCCAAUCACGUCAGAAGAUGUUAGUUUGUCAUAUCUUCCACUCGCCCAUGUGUUCGAGCGAGGACUUCAAGUUAUUUUCUUCAUGAAUGGUGCCAAAAUUGGAUUUUCCUCGGGUGACGUGAAACUGUUAACAGAUGAUCUGCAAGCGUUGAAACCUACUGUAUUUCCCACUGUUCCGCGAUUACUGAAUAGAAUGUAUGACAAAGUGAUGAUUGGUGUGAAAGCCAGUGCUUUCAAGGCAAAAUUGUUUCAGAUGGCUUUGAGCAGCAAAGAAAGCGACUUGCAAAGGAGAAUUAUACGACGUGACAGUAUCUGGGAUUACCUAGUGUUUAAGAAGAUACAAGAUCUCCUCGGAGGGAGAGUGCGACUUGUAUUCACAGCCUCAGCUCCGCUAGAACAGAAAGUUCUAAAUUUUACACGCUGUGCAUUUGGAUGUGUGGUCGUGGAAGGUUACGGACAGACCGAGAAUACUGCUGGGAUAGCUUUUAAUAUUCCCGGUGAAGUAAAAGCAGGUCACUGUGGACCACCUCUACCAUGUAACAUAGUUAAACUGGUAGAUGUUCCAGAAAUGGAUUAUUUCGCAAAAGCAGAUCAAGGAGAGAUAGUAUGUAAAGGACCUAGUGUGUUCAGUGGAUAUUUCAAAAAUGAUGAAAAAACUAAAGAGGCACUCGACGAUGAAGGCUGGCUACAUACAGGAGAUAUAGGACAAUGGUUACCAAAUGGAGCACUAAAGAUUAUAGACAGAAAAAAGAACAUUUUCAAAUUAUCUCAAGGAGAAUAUGUUGCAGCUGAAAAGAUAGAAAACAUUUACAUGAGAUGUCAAUAUGUAGCUCAGUCAUUUGUUGAAGGCGAUAGUUUACAGCCAUAUUUGAUGGGUGUAAUGGUACCUGAUGAGGAAGUGAUGAUACCAUGGGCAAAAGAAAACGGAAUGGACGGAAGUUUCUCUGAUAUCUGCAGUAACAAGAGAGUUAAAGACAUGAUUCUAGAAGACUUGAAUAAAAUUGGAAAAGCUGCUGGUUUGAAGGGAUUUGAAAUGGUGAAAGACAUCAUUUUACACCCAGAACAAUUUAGUGUAGAAAAUGGACUUCUGACACCAACAUUCAAAAAUAAACGACCUCAACUCCGAAAGUAUUUCAAAGAACAAAUACAAGAACUUUAUGAAAAGCAUAAUCCUAAAUGA